CCAGGCGGCCAAUCAGCGUGCAGCAAGCCCGACGCGCGAACUUUUGAGCUUCGCGACAUUUGCGACCUGCUCCAGCGCGCAUCCAGCCUGGAGCAUUGACAGCUAUGUCGCUCCUCAGACAGCUUCCACGGGCUCGCCCGUAUGUCUGCCAACAAUGCAUACGCAAGCAACGAACCACAAUCGAGGGCCAGCGGCAGAAGGGUACCUGGGGUCAGAAGAUCAUGGACCCGGCACGAGCAGCAGCGCAGUGGGAACAGCGGGCCAAUAAGAUAAAGAAUGGCCAAGAAAAGAGCAUGCUGACCAUCUUGGAAGAGCGAGGCUUUGUAAAAGAUGUUGCCGGAGGCCGAGAGCAGCUCGACUGGCUCCUCACACAGAAGGAUAUUGGAGCAUACGUUGGUGUGGACCCGACCGCUCCCUCGAUGCACGUCGGGCAUCUGCUCCCAUUCAUGGCGCUAUUCUGGUUGUACCUGUCCGGCUACCCCUCCGUAACGCUGCUAGGAGCGGGUACCGUUUUGAUAGGAGACCCUUCCGGACGAACGACCGAGCGCGCGCGCCAGGCAGACGAUGUUCGGACGAUGAACAUACUCAACAUGCGAAGGCAAAUCGACCAGCUUUGGACCCACGUGAAGUGUCUUGGAAUAAAGCAUCGAUUCCCUGCGGAGAUUAGCAGGACCAGAAUGGCUUUGGAUAAUCAUACAUGGUUGCAGAAUCUGAGCGCGAUUGAGUUGAUGCAACAAGUGGGCUCAGGCAUGCGGCUUGGUCCCAUGCUUGCUCGAGAUUCGGUAAAGGUGCGCAUGGAGAAUGGCGAAGGCAUGUCCUUCUCUGAAUUUAGCUACCCUCUUUUCCAAGCAUACGACUGGUGGUGGAUGUACAACAAACACGGCGUACAGCUUCAGCUCGGCGGUUCUGACCAGUACGGUAAUCUUUGCGCUGGCAUGGAUGCCGUGAGCUACAUGCGCAGGACCCGUGGAGACCAGCGAGUGGGAGCAGAGGACGACAUCGCCAAUGCGACUUUCGGUCUUGCGACACCACUACUCACGACAGCCUCAGGUGAAAAGUUUGGAAAGAGUGCCGGCAACGCUGUCUGGCUAGACAAAGAGAUGAUGAACUCUUUUGAUCUCUAUCAGUAUUUCCUUCGGACCGCGGACAAUGAUGUCGAACGCUACUUGAAGCUAUUCACAUUUUUGCCUAUUCAACACAUUGACCUCGUCAUGGAGAGUCAGCGAAAGGACGAAUCGAAACGCACCGCCCAACACGUCCUCGCCAAGGAGGUCGUCGAACUUGCUCACGGAGCCGAAGACGCAAUGAAGGCCGAAGCUGCGCACAAAGAGGCUUUCAGUCAAGGAACUCACACGUUCUCGCUGUUCGGGCUUAGAAAGGCCUUUGAAGAAAUAAAGAAAAAGGAACAACCCGAUAAGGUCGACGAAGCUGAGUUGAAGCUGCUCACCUAUAAGAAGACCUAUGCUUCGUCUUCAACAGCCACAGGAAAUUCUGCAGAGGACUCCCAAAAGGAAGCUUCACAAAUAGUAACUCUGCCGCUGCCCCUGCUUUCGCAAGGCUCGUUUCCCCGUGUGUUACAUGCUGCCGGACUCGUUGGCUCCAAGAGCGAAGGUCAGCGUCUGAUCGCUAAGAGGGGCGCAUACGUUGUCCUUCCCAACUCUGGGUCGCUGGAGAACCCAUCUGGUCUGAAAUGGGAACAGAUCCCGGAGGCCAUCAGCACCACCGAUCCGAACCAGUACCUACUCGAUUGGCGGGCGCUCGUCCUACGAUCUGGCAAGUCGAAGAUACAAAUUUGCCGCAUUGUCACCGAAGAGGACUUCGAAAAGGAAGGCCUAACCUGCCCUGGGUGGGAAGAUUUCAAAGCUAGACGGGCAGAGUCAGGCGAAGAGACACAGUAGGGAUUACGCCGCACACUUGUACUUAUGAUGGACUCUGUAAAACAUGUAUUUUAGUAGGGGCUUGUGCCAGCAAGUCUUGGGCACGGCUUGUGCACAGUUUUAUUGUAUGUAGCAAUGCUUUUACAUCCCUGCCUUC